AUGCCUUUAGAUACUUUACCAGUGAAACCCACUCUGGCAUUCGAUCAGAAACCAAGCUUCAAGCCAACUAAAGCCAGAGAACAGAACAUCAGCGGCAUCAACGGUUCUAGAAACACAAUUACAGCUUUGUCUGAACAAAUAAUUGAGGCUCUAUUUGCUGAGUCCGUUGAGGCCAAAAUAUGGAGCGUCGCUGCCCGCGCAUUGGGAAGCGUAAUAAUGGUCAAAUUUCAGGCCAAACCCCCAGUGCUUUAUCCCGAGUACACCAACCAAGAUGGGACAUACAUCUACCGAAAACUGGAUUUCUGGACAUCAGGGUUUUUCCCAGGGUCUAUUUACCUUUUACUAGAGCGCUCGAUUCGUUACAACGAAAAUACAUCAUACCUCAGUCUUGGUUUUCGAACAAGACCUCACCAACUUCAACUGGAGUAUCUCAGCCGUUGGUGGACUGCCAAUUUGCACCAAAAUGCGUUGAAGCGGGACACACAUGAUUUGGGCUUCAUGAUAGCUCCGUGGGCUAUGAAGGCCUGGGAGCUACAGCGGGACCCAGCUGCGUUCAACACCUUGAUCAUGGCCGCGCACUCCCUUGCAAGUCGUUUCAGUGCGACCACACGGUGCUUGCGCAGCUGGGACGUUUGCAUCACGAAAAAAUACGAAUUCAAAGACCCAUCUUUGGAUUAUCUGUUCAUCGUUGAUAACAUGUUGAACUUAGAUCUCCUUUUUUGGGCAGCAAGGGAAACCUCAAAUAGCACGCUAUAUGAGAUUGCGAGAUCGCAUGCGUGCAUGACACAGAAACAUCAUGUCCGCGAAGACUAUAGUACAUUCCAUGUAGUGAACCUUGAUCCGGAGACUGGUCAUGUCAAGUCCAAAUUUACAAAUCAGGGCUAUGAUGAUGAUAGUUGCUGGGCUCGAGGACAGGCGUGGGGGAUCUUGGGGUUCAUGCAAACAUAUCAGUGGACGAAGGAAGAGACAUUUUUGAACACGGCCAGGAACCUAGCGAGCUAUUUCGUUGCGCAAUUACCUUCAGACGGUGUGCCAUACUGGGAUUUAACGGCCCCAGUCACCGAAAAAAGUCCACGAGAUACAUCUGCCGCCAUGAUUGCCGCUUGUGGCUUGUUGCUGAUUCAUAAAGCACUCAUGAAUAGCCCAGAUGCGGCCUGGUAUCUUGAAAAAUCGUUGAAUCUUGUUGAAGCUGUUGUCAGCAAUUUCGUGAGAGAGUCAAAUCUUCGUUUUAUGACUGCGCAUCCCGAUUUACCAGUGGCAGUUUAUCCAAUUAACUCUAUUGAUGAAUUUCACGACGAUGGCUUCAAUAUUCUACAAGUGACAAACCAUUCCAAACUAAAAUCAACAAACUGCGAGACAAUUUUGGAUGGAGCGACAAUCAACAACUACGAGUUUGCGCCGAGAAAGUGGUCAAACCAUGGUCUGGUAUAUGCAGACUAUUAUUUCUUAUUGUUUGGCAACAUGAUUCUUGAAAUGGGAUCAAGCGGUCAAUUAAACGGUGUUUAA